AUGACCCCGACAUUCCGUCUCCUCCACAUCGCCACCUCCACCCUCCAGUCCUUCCCCAUCGGCCAGUCGCCGCCCUACCUCGCCCUCUCCCACGCCUGGUCCGACCGCAACUUCCCAGCCCGCCUCCCCUUAGGCCCGUCCUUUGGCUGCCUCGCCAUCCAGCAGACCCUCCGCCAGCGCACCGCUCUCGCCCACAUUCGCCACUGCUGGAUCGACCUCUUUUGCAUCCUCCAAGACUCAGACGAGGAUGUGUGCGCACAGAUCCCCCUCAUGGGCCGCAUCUACAGCGACGCCGCCGCCGUCCUCGUCCUCCUCACCAGCACCCUCGGCAUCUCGCAGACGCACGUCGAUCGCGGCGUCGCGCACCUCGCGCCCGCCCUCGCCGUCUGGCGCGCCGAGACGUGGACCGACGACGCCGUGCGCCGCCACUGGACGCGCGGUGACGGCCGCGCCGCGCUCCAGCACGCCAUGGAUGUCCUCGCGCGCUUCGCCGACGCCACCUGGGGCACGCGCGUCUGGACCCUGCAGGAGUACCUCCUCGCGGGGGACCUGGUCUGGAUCGGCGCCGACCUCACACCGAUAUCCAUCCCCGAUGAGCUCUUCGUCGCCAUACCCCGUCUGUGCGAGGAGCUGGACAUUGCCGAGUGUGCCCGCCGCGGCGACCCGGCGACGAGCAGGUAUGAGCUGCUCUUUUCGCACUUUGCAGGCAUGGCGGCGCGCCGCAUCCACGCCACGGACCGCACCCGCGUCAUGGAGAUGCUCGGCAACCGCGCCGCGUCCUUCCCCGUCGACGAAGUGUACGGCGCCAUGGCCGUAUCGACGGUGGAGAUUGGCGUCCGCCCGCGGGAGACGCGCGAGAGCGCGUGGAAGCGGUGGACCGAGGCGGCGCUUGCGGCUGGUCAUGUGCGCUGGCUCCUGCUGCCGCUGGCCAUGCGUACGGCGGCGGGCGUGACUGCGUGCGCCGAGGUGCUCUGUGCGAAACGCCAUCUGCUGUCGUCUGCCUCGGGGCUGGACACCGUCUCGCCGUACGGUCCGGUGACGGUGUCUGACGGCACCGUGUCCAUGACCGCGCGACCGAUUGGAUCUUGCACCGUCCUCCGGCCGCUCGGCCCCGUGCAUCGGAGCCACCACGGGUGGGUGCACCGCGACCUGACCCUCAUUCUCUACGCCCAGGGCCGCUGGUUUGCCGCCGUCGACGUCGCCGUCGCCUUUGGCGCCGGGCGCUACUCCCCCAAGCAGCUGCUCAUGAUUGCGCAGAUCCUCGUCCACAACUACGACCGCGCGCUGCGGUGUAUCCAGCACCGCGCCGAGGCCACAUUCCAGCUUACACUCCCGUCGGCGCGAUAUGAGCGCGUGUGGGCCGACUGGAUGCAGCUGCAGGCGCAGUGCGUCAUGGACGCGCUCAACUUUGGAUGCGCGCAUCUGCUCCGCGUGCGUCCCGCCGCAGCGCAGGCCUCGUUUCUGACCGUGCUCGUCACCGACGGGCGCGCGCCGGACGGGACGCUCGUGGCGUUUGAGUGCAACGCGCGCGGAGCGGAUGGGCGGCAUAAACUCCUGAUCGGCGAGACGCCGGCUAAAGAGCCCAGCGGCGCACAAGCGCUGUGGCACAAAGCCGGCGUCACGAUCUCCGUAGGGGAAGACCAUGCAGAGGGAUGGGAUGCCAUCCCUCUGGUCGAGAUUCGUAUUGGGGGGGCGCGGUGUCAGGUGUGCAAGCGAGCUGCUGCUCCCAACACCGAAGCGCAGAUGCCUAGCCAGACGCGCAGCCCGACAGGAGAUGACGCGGGUCGUCGGCGGUGGCGGAAGCGCCGCAGAGAGGAGGCGCGUCGACGGAACAUCAAAGUUAUCAGGUCCAGACUGAAACAACGUGCACCGGCGCGACGACGCUAUAUUCUACUGAAAGAACUCGAGGUCACGGUUGGGGAAGUGUUGUAG